AUGGGUUUGGACAAUAAACCUGAGCCUCAUCCAUGCACUUACGAUUGGAACCAGCCCAUGCUAGGUGUCGAGACGGCAGUGAACCAGUCAGCUGUUGAGCAGUGGGAUGAUUUAGAUGGAACAAUUCUUGAGCUCUUUCAACUCAUCCCUGAUGGGUCUCCAAGGUUACACUAUCAGGCUAGGGAGCUUGAAGUUAUUUGUCCACCUUCUAAGCUACAAGAAUUGCGCCAGGUCGGUGUCACUGGUCGGUCUUCUGAGAUCAUCGCGUGGCUUGACGACAGGUCACAGGCCCGGAACUCGACCUGUAAGAGAAAGUUGUCAGGUUGGCUGACGCGUUCUGAUCUGUAUAAGGCCCUGCGGGCAAAGCGCAUUCACGUCCAAAAUGAUGGUGAUGUCGAUGAAAGCCAUGAGCCAAAUGCUGAACGCCGUCUCAUAUACCUACCAAAUCCAGACUGGCAAGGUUUGUCGCCCAUCAUCUUGACUGCUUCAAGACAGGAGGCGGGCAUCUUGAGCAUUUUUCUAUGGAAGCAUAUGAUAGCUCGUUGUUCAAUCCAAGCGUCCGUCUCAACCUCUCGCCAUUUCUCGCUGGAGUUUCAUCUCCCAUUCUUUGUGUGGAAGGACACAAAAUCAAUCCUCCGCGACAAACGAAUCAGAUCAGACAAGUUUCCGCUGAGGAAGUCGAGGCUCCUCUCCUUCUUGGAAAGGUCUCGUCCAACUUCUAAAGAAGGAGAUAACUUGGAUUGUCUGCACGAAAGUCAGUGGUCCUGUGUCGUGACCGGCUUCAACAACACCGUCUGGAAUGUAUACGGUUUCACAGACACUUACUUCUACGACACAGACGAUGAAUUUGAUCGUGUGAGUGUCAAUUAUUACCAAAGAUGUCUCGAGGAUGAAGACAGGAUGGAGUACGAUCCCAUCAUUGGAUCAGAUGCCAACCUUCCAAUCCAAGACCCUCGCGAAUACUUUGUAGCGACCCUCCUAUCAUGCAUGAACCACAUUCUUGAAGAAUGGAACAACAUCAUCACCAGACUUGAGCGCAAAAUGUGCUAUUACAUUGACGACGAAGAUUUCUUUUUCGACCACGAUAAAUUGCCGUUCGGGCCUGACAAAGAUCACUCGAAGUCUCUCCAGGAUUCCUACGGGUGGACACAGCAAGUCACCUGUCUUCUAACGCACCUGAGGAAAAGAAUCAGAAACCUCAACAAAGCCUGGGAGUCAUUUAGAGCUAGGGAUACUCAUUCUUUCGACGUGACUGACCAACAAAGCGACAAGCCAAACCGUACAAGGAUUCUUCUUUGCUCCAUCGAUACAAUAGUAACAGAACUAAACGCCCUUGAAGUUCAAUUGGGAGACUUAUGGGACAAAAAUGAGGACUUCAGGAAGUCGCUCGAGCUAUACCUACAGGUAGAGAAUAACAGAACAAUCGUCUUGCAACAAUUCAACAUCAGCUUCAUCCAAAUUAUAUCACCGCCUGCAUUGGCAGCAACCAUGAUGCAGAGCCGAGUUUUGCCUUGGACGUCCGGUUUCCUUCCUUGGCUUAUUGUGACGGCGAUCCUGUGGAUUCUGAUGGCGGCUGUGCGGCCAGCAUUAACAUGGUAUCAUCGAUACAUGGGCUCGAAGCCAAGGGCCAGCUUUGUUCCGCCACUUGCCCAAGAGCCGAUGAUGAAUGGUUUCCAUUGGCAGCAAGAGGGUCUCAGGCUCCCGCAGCCUACAUUUGCAGCCCACUGA